GCCCUUGACGUAUGAGGAGGACGGUAGCAACAGUUGCCUCGAGACCCCCGCUCGCCAUAGUGACUGUAGUCGUGGAGACAGUUACUUACCAACGGGAGCAACACUCAGCAACAGCAGCAGCAGCAGCAACUGGAGGAGAGAGAGAGGGAAAAGAACAGUAAAGCCAGGGCAGAUCUAAGCAGAAGGCUGAGGAGAAACCAUGCAGCGGUCAGAGGGCGGCUCAGAGUCGGCGUCCACUGUGGCGCUGAGAACCUCCACUUCGGCCCAGGCGCCGGUGGUUCAGCCCGUUCCCGCCUCGCAACAGCGUGUGUUAGUUCAGGCCACCGGCUCUUCCCAGAAGGGAGCUCAGGUGCAGCAGUUGCCAGUGCCUAGAGUGCAACAGGUCCCUCAGCAGGUCCAGCAGGUUCAGCAUGUGUACCAGUCCCAGGUGCAGUAUGUGGAGGGAGCAGAAGCAGUCUACCCCAAUGGCACAAUUCGAACUGCAUACUCGUACAACCCAGAGUCCCAGCUGUACGGACAGGGCAGCGGAAGCACCUAUUUUGACACUCAAGCAGGUGGUACUCAGGUUACCACCGUCGUCUCCUCUGCUGGCGGAGUGCCUGCCCACAGCAUGGUGGGAAUUGCCAUGGACGUGGGCAGCAGUCAGAUCAUUUCCAGCGGCAGCGCCUACUUGAUCCACGGAGGGAUGGAGAGCGGCCGCCACCAUACCUCUCACUCCUCGCGCUCCUCAUCCGCAAUGCUUGAAGUGGCGAUUGAAAACCUCCAAAAGUCAGAAGGGAUUGCCACUCACAAAAGCAGCCUGCUCAACAGCCAUUUGCAGUGGCUGUUGGACAAUUAUGAAACGGCUGAGGGUGUGAGUUUGCCGCGGAGCUCUCUUUAUAACCACUAUCUCAGACACUGUCAGGAGCAAAAACUGGAUCCGGUUAAUGCAGCCUCCUUUGGCAAACUCAUCCGAUCUGUCUUCAUGGGCCUUCGCACACGCCGACUUGGCACAAGGGGGAACUCAAAAUACCAUUAUUACGGUAUUCGUCUCAAGCCUGACUCGCCUCUCAACCGCUUGCAGGAGGACACACAGUACAUGGCAAUGAGACAACAACCUGUCCAUCAGAAACAGAGGUUUAAGCCCUUUCACAAGAUGGAUGGGAUGGGGGACAGUCUGAACAGCGGCUCCCAGCACUCGUCCAGCACCCCUGAGCAGAGUGUGGCGGCACAAAGCCAGCAUCACCAGCAGUAUAUUGAUGUGUCUCAUGUCCUGCCCCCCUUCCCUUCUCCUGAUCUGGGCUCCUGUCCUCUGCCUGAGUCAAUCAGCAUAAACGAUGUGAAAAAACUACAGAGCAACUACAGGAUUCACUGUGAGGCGACUCUGGACGUAGUGAUGAACUUGCAGUUUCAUCUCAUAGAGAAGCUAUGGCAGACCUUUUGGUAUUCAACAGCGCCAUCUAGCGACGGAGCCACUACCAUUCCUAACAGUGAAGAGGAUGUGGAGGACAUCAGAGGAUUCCCCAGAGAGAAGCUGAUCGCUCUGUGUAAAUACGAACCAAUCAAACAGUGGAUGAGGAGCUGCGAUCACAUCCUGUAUCAGGCACUGGUGGAGAUCCUCAUCCCUGAUGUGCUGCGGCCUGUGCCCAGCACCCUUACUCAAGCUAUCAGAAACUUCGCCAAGAGUCUGGAAGGGUGGCUGACCUCAGCCAUGAGUGACUACCCACAGGAGAUUGUCCGCACUAAGGCAGCAGUAGUGAGUGCGUUUGCGCAGACCCUGCGCCGCUACACCUCUCUGAAUCACCUGGCCCAGGCAGCACGAGCCGUCCUGCAGAACACGUCCCAGAUCAACCAGAUGCUCAGCGACCUCAACAGAGUGGACUUCGCUAACGUGCAGGAGCAGGCGUCCUGGGUGUGCCAGUGUGACGAGAGCGUGGUCCAGCGUUUGGAGCAGGACUUUAAGGUGACCCUGCAGCAGCAGAGCUCCCUGGAUCAGUGGGCCGCUUGGCUAGAUAACGUGGUUAACCAAGUGCUCAAACCGUAUGAGGGCAGCAGCAGCUUCCCCCGCGCCGCACGCCAGUUCCUGCUCAAGUGGUCCUUCUACAGCUCCAUGGUGAUCAGAGACCUGACUCUGCGCUCGGCCGCCAGCUUCGGCUCCUUCCACCUCAUCCGUCUGCUCUACGAUGAAUACAUGUUCUAUUUGGUGGAACACCGCGUCGCCAUGGCAACCGGAGAGACGCCCAUCGCUGUCAUGGGGGAGUUCAGUGACCUCAGUUCCAUGAUGCCUUCACUCAUGGAGAAAGAUGCCUCGUUCUCAGACGAUCUGGCCAGUGACGGAGACAUGUCGAGGAUGAGCGAAAGAAGCCUGAGCGAGCCGGCGGUGAAGAGAGAGCGAAUCGAGAUCAGUCCCUCCCUGCAGGAGAUCUAAGAGCAGGACCAAGAUAACACUUAUCUGUGAGGUUUUUCUGUAUCUUGAGGGUGCGGAGGUGUGUUUAGGGUCAGUGUGUGUGUGUGUGUGUGCGUGUGCGUGCGUCUCCCUCUCGCCUUUAGGUUUUCUGCGACUGUGAAACAAGAACGUGCUGGUUUUGUGAUGUGUUUGUUUUUCAUGUGCCAUAGUCUUCUUUCAGUGCCUUAGAUGAGAAAAGAAACACUAGAGCAGAACUGUCUUUCUCUUUGAUUUUUCUCUCGUUCUGUCGUUCCCCCGGCCGUGCCUCUAACCGCAGAAUGAAUGUAUCGUCUCAGAACCUCAGAUGUCUAAAGCACCUUUUAAAGAUGGUCACAUUUUAGACUUUCUGCCUCGGCCGUCUCCUCGCGGUUCCUCAGGCGUAGAUGCAACCUGCUGACCCCAAAGCUGCCCACUCGUCGACCCCAACCUGCUGCACAUGCAAAGCCUUUUCAAUGCCGUUUUGUAGAAAAAACCCCGGCCAUAUGAGAUGCCUAGUCUAUACCUCAACAGUUUUUAGUUCUAACGAAUUAAUGUCUAACUUUUAUAAAAAAAAAAAAUCACUAUAAGAGAUUAUUCGACUCUGUUUGUUGCCCAGAGAGAGCGGCCCGCUCUCGUUCGAAAGCUUCGGGAUGUACAUACGCCUACUGUAUUGAUGGAGAUUGAUCUGUUUCAGAUGAACCCGAGCAGAGCGGCUCCCAUCAAAACUGGUUUGUGAAACUUUUUGCUCUAGUUUUGUAGUUACUUGACGAGUUCUUAGUCGUUUGCGGUGGUUAAAAAGAGCCUAGUGGACUUGAUAUGUUGAACGUACCUGUGUGUGAGCGUGCGUCUGUACACAAGGACUUCUGAAGUAACUGGAAGUGAGUGUGUACUCAACAGGUUAUGUGAAUAGUGUCAUUUUUUUUAAUUAAAAACGAACACACAAGCCUUUUUUUUUUAUUUUUAAAUAACGAUUAAAAGAACUUCCUUUGCAUAUUUAAGUAGAUAUCGUGUAAAUGUUAUUGCAAAAAAAAGUAAAAGCUACAUAAUAGCCGAAAGCUUUUUCUAGAAGAUGUAGAAAACCCAAACUAGACAGGUCCGGUAACAGAAUAUGCAGAUUCUUACAGAUACGCCUCAUCACCUGGUGCUGUACAUCUGAUGUUUUAGUUUUCACGCUUGUAACGGAAAUAAAGCUGGAAAUAUUUUCAGGAUCUGUUUGUAAAUGUUGUGCUGAACCCGGUGGGGAUCUUUACUGGUGCCUGGUAGCGGCCCGUGACGGGCACCCUACAUGUCCCUCUCUGCUAUUUACAAAGAAAAACUUCAUUUCUACUAGCUUUGUGUUUGUUCUGAGAAGUGAUUGGCGGAUGUUUUCUCACUGUGGUUGGUUGUGAGUGUCAGGCUCUGUACUUUAACGCCUGUCAUGGUUCUUUGCCUGUUGUGUGCUUUCGGAAAGGGAAUUUGCUCUUUUUUCUUUCUUUUUUUUUUUUUUUCUCCAAUGCUGUUUUAAAGCUUCUUGCUAUGGAUUAUUUUUAUGGAGGUAAAUGCAAUUCUUCUCACUACUAUAUUGAUACCUUAUUUUUGUGUCUUUAAAAAAAAAAAUCUUUAUUUAGCCUCAACCGCUUAGUUCGACUGUAUUUUGUACUGGUAAAAAGUGUAAUAAAUUUGUGUAAACCA